CCAAUUAUUCUGUCCAAUAUAUGCACUAGGCUUUAUAAAUAUAUCUAUAUUUUUUUUUUACCUUCACCUUUCUAAGUGUCACUCUGAUACAGUUUGUUUUUCUCAUUUCUUGUAUUACACACAUUUACUUUUUAUUGAAGUUGUAAAUCGUUUACAAAAUUUACCCUUCAUGUAUAUGAAACAAUUUGUGUUUAUGCUUGAAAUAAUGGACUGUUAAUAAGUAAACUUCCCCCGCAGAGAUAUUUGAAAUUUACUUUGAGUAAUGAAUAAUAAUUCUAUUAGAUAGCACACCCACUCUAUUGACGGCCUAGGUUGAUGACAAAUAUAAUACUAAAAAACAUUAAUAACAGUAUUUAUGAUUUCUACAUUAUCCACCAUUCUAGAUUGUAAAUGCCAUUUCGGUACACGGAAUUAGCCAGCGAUUGUAAAGCUCUCGACAUCAGUAAAACCGUAAAUACACAUAUCUUUCCACGCACCGUAAUAAAACGUCGAACAAUCCCGAAACAAAAUAAAUGCUAUAAACCCAGAACAACUCCCACAAUGUUCUCGUGAUGGAAAAAAGUCCAACUCGGUGACGAUUUACACCCGUUGCCAAACAAGACGAAACAAAAACGAAAAGAAAGAAGGGGAGAACGAAAGAAAGAAAGAGAGAAAAAAAAAAAUCAUAACACUGCUAAUAAGAACUGGAAUUAGGGUCGACGUCACACCAGGCGACAAUAGGGCAUCAUUCUCCAGGGCGUGAGUGCCAGCCAGGGAUGAGACUCAAGGUGUGAUGUGGGACAGGACAGUGCCGAGUGCCAGUGUUGGAACAGAGUGUUGGCAGCUAGUGUUGGAAGGGCUAAGCAGACAGUGUGUUCCCAGGCUCGACGCUUCCCACACAUCGAGUGAAAGAACACUCUCCAAGAACUGGCUCAGAGUAUAAUCAUCUGCCGCGACAACGAGCGAGAAGAUAAGUACUACGUUCGCAUCAUCCGGUGCAAGGCAUCAUAAGCAACAAACCAAUCAAAUCCUAAUAUUGGCCAUGGUCACGCGCUGGACGCUGUGCUUCUCGGCGUGGGUGUUCUGUUCCUCCCUGGCGGGCAGCGAGUGGGGCGUCUCGGCCAUGUGGGCGGCGGGCAUUAGACAGGACGCAGCGCGGGGCCCCACGGUAGGGUCGGGCGGGGCCACUAUGAUCCAGAAGGACCCCCGCCUCGGGCCUGGCAUGGGCGGCUCGGCGGUGCAGCUGAUGGGCUAUGAAGGGGCGCAGUAUUUCGCCACACAACCCACGCCCCAAACGGCGGUCGUGGGCUCCACCGCCGUCUUACCUUGCAGGGUCAUCAACAAGGUUGGUCACUUACAAUGGACGAAAGACGGCUUCGGAAUGGGCACGGAGCGAGACCUCUUCGGCUUCGCUCGCUACGCCAUGAUCGGCUCGGACGAUGAAGGUGACUUCAGCCUGAGGAUCAAACCAGUGCUCCUUGAAGACGAUGGCCUCUACCAGUGCCAAGUCUCGGCGAGUGACGGAGUGCCAGGUAUCAGGUCCCAAACCGCCCGCCUCACCGUCUACGUGCCCCCGGAAGCCCCAAGAGUCAAGCCUCCCGUACUCCAAACGACGGCGGGGAUGACGGUCAACCUCGAGUGUGAGAGUCGAGGAGGAAGGCCGUCGCCGGAGAUCCAGUGGGUGGACGACAGCCAGCGAGAGACGGUCCGCUCAGGGACGAGCCUAUCGACCGAAAUGAUGUCCGACGGAAAAAGGGUCAUUGUGCGAUCCCGCCUCGCCUUCACGCCCCGCCGCUCUCACCAUAACUCCACCAUCACCUGCCUCACCUCUCACCAGGCUUUGAGCUCGCCGCUAACAAGCUCCAUUCAGCUCGAGGUUUUAUUUCCGCCUGAAGUUGGCCUCACCGUUCGUCCGCAACUCUUGGUCGAGGGAGACGAUGCGAGCUUCAUCUGCAGCGCCGAAGCCAACCCCAAUGUCAUAACGUACAAGUGGUACCACAACAACCAGGAGCUGGAGAACAAAACCUCCAAGACGUUAAUUCUGCCAAAAAUCUCAAGGAACCUGCACCAGAGCGCGAUAUCAUGCGAGGUCUCCAACAAGGUGGGCACGUCCAAGAAGACCCAGAGCGUGCACGUGCAGUACGGGCCCAUGUUUCGUGCCCUUCCCCGAGACGUGGCGGCCGAGACGGGGAAGCAGGUCGUGCUCAAGUGCGACGUGGACUCCAACCCUCCGUCGUCCAUCGUGUGGCUGCAGGAAGGCUCCGACAAGAUCAUAGGGUCCGGCGCAGAGCUGCGUGUGGUAGUGGGAGCUUCAACAGCAGGAGUUUACAGAUGCGUGGCGGCCGUGAGAGGGUUCCCUGACCUCCAGGGGCGCCUCAGGGUCCUGGUGAAAGGCCCUCCUAUGAUCGUGAGCUCCAGCGACCAGCAAGGGAGAAUGGGCGACACCGUGACCCUCGAAUGCAACACCGUGUCAAUCCCAAGCCCAAUACGGAUCACGUGGACGUAUAGAGGACGAGAGAUUGAUCUUAGUGAUCCUCGCUACGAGGUAGUGGAGGACGAGCAGGAAGAAGGAUUUAGAAAUAUUCUGGUGAUUCACGACGCAGACACGCAUGACUUCGGCUCGUACAACUGCUCGGUGGUGAACGAGUACGGCGUCGCGAGGAAGCAGAUCAGGCUGAAUGAAGAGAAGAGAGUGCCGAUGCUGAUGCUGGCGGGCGGGGCCGUCGUGUUCGCCCUCGUCGCCGUCGUCGUCAUCUCGCUCGUCCUGUGCAACAAACGCCAUUCGAACAGCUCCGGUUCUCCCGUGCCCGAAAAGCCUCCUGCAGCGACCGUAGUGACAGGCCCUACCGUCGCCAACAUGUACUCCGCGCCCUCCGAUACCAAGCUCUCCUCUGACCUCACGCCCACGCCUUCCAAUCGACCCUACGACGAACUCACGCCCACGGAAGAUUCAAACGCAAGGGCGGCCCACACGCUCAAUAGACUCAGCGAGGAUUCAGCACAGACCUUCAUUCCUGAUCCUGACGCCGACGGUGGGCGGGGCUACGUUCCCUUCGUGGACUACAGUGGUCGCGACUACGCACCCGUGCCCAACGGGCGCCGGGCCUCCUUUGGUGACCUCGACACCUACAGCACGCCGACGCCCCCGUCCUCCACGGCGUCGGACUACUGCACCAUCAAGCGGGGCUCCCGCGGCCACGGCCCGCCGGUCGGCAACGGCACGGGCGUCGCCGGCACCAACUUCGCCGAGUCGCCGACGCUGAGACACAACGGCACGGGCCCCGCGGCGCCGCGCCAUUCGUCGCCGUUCUCUCCGCACCGCAACAAUUCGUACGGGUCGCCGCCGCCGCCGCCGUACCCGCGGGGGGGAGGGGGCAAGCUCGACUCCCCUCGGGGCAACGCCUCGCCCACGGGCACCGCCACUCUCACGCGGACCAACUCCGUGGCUCACGCGGACGAGCGCUGUUCGCCCGAGACCAAGUACAUCUUUUCUCCCGAAGCCAUGAUGAAGCCCGGCACGCUGGUGUAACUCAGGCCCUUGGUGUGUCCUUCCUGUCCUGUAAGUGUGCUGGCCGGAAGACCACGGGAGCGAGGGUGUGGGGGACCCUUUUGACUAGCUGGAUCUCAAUGCUGUGACUUUCCUGCUACUCGUAGAUGAAGAUUAAGGUGCCUCACUUAAGAUCAAGUGUCCCAGGCUGGCCUCCCAGCGUCCUGUCGCAAAGAGACAACCGAUUUAGUAACCAUUCCGCCUCAUGUUGCACUGACGCACCACAGGAAAAGGGCAACAUUCACACCAGACAUACGCGAUCAACACUUGCAACAGUCUCCUCUAUUUUCUUGAUAGUUCCACACCAUCCAGAUCAGGCAGUCGAUAAAAAAAAAGGUGCUACAAGCCAGGCCAAGGUUUGAGCUAGCCAUGUAUGACAUAUCGUAUUCACAACAGUGUUUGUGUUGUUUUAGCAUCAAGGUAACUGUACCUCUGUCCCUAACAUAUCAUCCGACAAUAUGGAUGGCAGGUUUAUCAUACACCGAUCAUAGUUCUGUUUAGACCCAUGGCGUUAUAUAGACUGCCAAAUUAGCUGUUGUUAUCAAGACUGAGCAACCGCUGUUGACCCUAACUUUUUGACAAACUCAUGAAACAUUACGAUGUUUAUGAAUUGCCAAGAAAAAGAGCAUAAUAUUCUUUAGACAUACCAAGCAGAAGAGCCUGGCACUUUACCAUACCAAGUAAAAAAACAAAAAAAUCUUGGACGUAUCAACCCAAAGAUUCUAACACCAUCAUAUAUCAAGCAUAACGGCCUGAUCCAUUAUACAUGCUGUCCAUACACACUUACACUCGCUUUCCAACAUUUCCAAACCCUGCUGAAGGAAGGUCCCAACUCACGCUGGUUGCAUCCCGACUCACACCGACCGGACAGUCUAUUCCUGGAUCCUGGGUACUGAUAAUGAAUAGACAACUUUUAUACUCUAGCAUUAUUCAAGACUUUUUAUUAUCAGGUCUUCCAGAUGUCUUAUUGCUUUUAUAAAAAAGAAUGUUACUUUAAAAUGACAUUUUAUAUUUUUAUAACACUUGCGCUACUCUAGAGGUAGUUUUAGACAUAAGAGAGUCCCCACUCUGUAUAUCAUUUUGAGAUAGAUCGUUUGGGCAUUGCUAUAUAUUGUAAAUGGCCAACUGCUUCAUGGCUGUGAAAUGUUGGGUAGUGGCUAUAUACCUUCACCGUGUAAAUACAGAAAUAUAUAGUAUUUACGGAUGUUCUAGUCAAAAAAGUAAAUAAAAAGACACAUGUUUGGUAUAAAGAUUUAGAACUGGUACUAUAAGGUAUAUUAUCCUGAAGAAAAUUUUCAAGAUAUCUUGAAAGAACAAUACCUGCGGAAAUCUACUAAGAUAUAGGUUACCUUUAAGAAGAAUGUCUUUUGUCUGUUAAUAAAUCAAUAAAACGUGUUGAAAUGA